CGGCCAUCCGUCAUCCCGCCUUCCUCGCUCCCCUCCGUCUCUUUUCCUACACAACGCCGACAUGGCUAAGGCCCCUUUUGCCGUCGACCUACAAUCUCCCUACCCUGGAUACUUGUCUGUAAAUUAAUUCUUGUCUUUUUCUUUCCGAUAUCUUACAAAUUGGACUGUAUUCCCCCCUCCCCCCGCUACCAUUUGCCUCGGAACUGCUUGUUUUUAACACCCAAAUCACUUCGUCGCGCCCAAAAGGCAAUCGGCGCUUCGUCCCACUUCCCAUGCCGGGACUCAUCUCGUUCCUGUCUACGCCUCCUCUGCCGCAGCCGACACGAACCAGCUCUUCUUUCGCCCCAGCCCGACCGUUCAACAGCUACCUCGGGACAGAUCAGGGUGUUGCACGAGGCAGCAACAGUCAAACACCCAUCCAACUCGAUAACGAACCCGAGCCCGUAUCCGCUUCAGCCACUCGAAACGCCACUCACACCCAGCAACACCAACAACACCAACAUCAACACAUUGAGAAUCUUUUGGGCGUCCCUACACCGGACAGCACCCAAACCCAACAAGCCCUCCCCUCCUUUUUAGACUUUGCCGCCACCCUGGAUUACCAACCCUUCGACGCGACUGCGCUACAGCAGAACGGCGCCCCACAGACACCCGACCGCCAGCCGAUUACCGACGAAUACCUCUCCGCACUAGUCGACGGGAACUUCUCCUCACCGUCCUCAUAUCCCCGACACAUUCAGGCCUCUGCAGACAGCUUUCAGCACACGAACCUAGCCCAAAGUCCUCGGAACCCACCCCAUCGCCACCCUUCUGGCACGCCGCUGCGGCCCGACCGCCCAGCUAGGUACAGCAGCCACAACACGAACGCUGCGCUGAGAGCAGCAGCAGCAGCAGCAAGAAAUCCAACGUCGCAUCCCGCGUCCCGCGACGACGAGCUCGAAGACUCGCUUUUCGUAAGCUCGGAAGACGAAUCUCAAGCCACGAUGCCUGUUCAGACCCGCCGGAGGGCUUCCACGAUCCCCAGCUCUGAUCAUGACCCCGACCCAGAGGAGAUUGUGGUCUCCGCCACGCGAAAGCGGGCGGCCCCUUCGUCCGCCCCUACCAGAGUAGCUGCCGCCCCCAAGCGACGACGAACGUCACAGCCUCAGACCGUACGCGACCGGACGACAACGCCCGGCGCCCUGACGCUUGACGCCGACAUUUUUGGCGAAGAUGAUGUAGAUGCCAAGAAGGGCAAAGGGAAGGACGAAGAAGUCAUUGAUCUUGCCGGCACGAACGAGGUGCCGGAGGAUUUGAAGGCACCCAAGGAGGAUAACAGAGUAAAGAUUUCAGCUUUUCAGUGUGUCAUCUGCAUGGACGAUGUCACAGCCUUGACCGUAACCCACUGUGGCCACCUCUUUUGCUCCGAGUGCCUUCACUCAGCGCUGAACGUCGACGCAACGAAGAACAAAUGCCCGAUCUGCAGACAAAAGGUUGAAACCAAGGACCGAAACACCUACACGUCCAAGACAAAGGGUUUCUGGCCCCUGGAGCUCAAGCUGAUGACAGCCAGCCGCAAGGGCAAGCAACGGGCGUGAGCCACGCACAUUUCUUACGAGGCACAUAUCCGAAGAGUCCGGGGCAGGCUUGCCACGGGCUGCAUGUUUAUUUUCACGGCGAACAGGAGGGAAGGGCAUAAGAAGCAUAUGGAUCUGUGGGCUUUUCAGCAUGUUCAGUGCGUUUUGUUGGUGGGGGCGAACAGGAGGGAAGGGCAUAAGAAGCAUAUGGAUCUGUGGGCUUUUCAGCAUGUUCAGUGCGUUCUGUUGGUGGGGAGGGUUGCGGGGAGUAGGCAAUGUUAUUUUUGUGAUACCCGUCCAGCCAGCAUUGUGUUCGAUAGAGCGAGGGCAGCAGAGGCGCUGGCAUCUGUGCCGAAGCGUGAACAUAGACGAACCACCCCGUUUCCAAGGGUUGACGAAUUCAACGUGUGGC